AUGCAUCGCAGCAGGCUCAACCUCAUGUGUUUAAUCUUAUGCUGCAUACAAAGAUCGACAGAUACUCAGCAAACAACAGCAAACAUUCGUGAGCGUAGAAGUGGAGAAAAAGAUGGUCUUGCCAUUUCCAGAGAAAUAUUUAGAAACAUUACUAAGAAAUUACGGGAAAAUUUCAAAAGUGAAGUGAUUACUGAUUCACGUCAACAUAAAAUGCGAGCGAAGACGGAUGAGCAACGUAAUGUGGCCCCAUAUCAAGGGUAUCAUCAUCACGAGCAACAUUGGGGACCAUAUUUUGAGGAGAACAAUGUCACACAAAUGGUGGCACAUGUUGGUUCGGAGGCCUUAUUAAAUUGCAGAAUUGUUAUGUUAAAAGAUAAGACGGUUAUGUGGCUUCGCAACACAACUGACGCUGCACAAUUACUAACUGUUGGAAAAGAGGCACAUGCUGGUGAUAGUCGAAUAUCUGUAAAAUUCCAAUACCCAAAUAAUUGGCGUAUUAGUAUAAAUCCUUUAAGAAAAUCUGAUGAAGGUUUAUACAUGUGUCAGAUAUCGACACAUCCACCUCGGACGAUAUAUGCAAAUUUAACAGUUUUACCGCCAGUACUAACGAUAAAUGGCGACAAAAUGCACGUUAUCAAAGAUAGAUUUUAUAAGGCAGGUAGCUCCAUAAAGUUGACCUGUGCUAUUUCCGAAGACUACGUAUUGUCUUUAACUACUCAAAUGCCAGAUAGAGCAUCCACAACUCCUGUUACUACUUCUAUGACAUCGACUACAGAAAUAGUAACUGAAAUGACUACUGUACGCAAUAGUUUAGAAAUAAUGUUAAACGAAAGUUGGAGUAUUGCCACACCAACCACAAAAUCAACAGUCAAAAUAACGAGACCAACGCCGGAAAUUCAAAAAACUACUCAAAAAGUAACUACUACAAAACCUGCAGAGGCAAUUAAUAACAUUUUUGGACUGGUAUGGAUAAAGGAAGGAAAAGAAAUUGUUAGACAAAUAUCAUGGCAAAAUAUCAGUUCUACUAUAACAGUCACGUCUGCAUCUCAAGAAGAUAGUGGAUUCUACACAUGCCAGUUGAACAAAUAUUCGCAAGUUACCACGAACGUUCACGUCUUGAUUGGAGAAAAUCAAGCAGCUGUCCAUCACGAUACAUCGUAUAAUGGAUCAUUCUAUUUGAAAACUUACAAUAAGGCAGUACUGUUUUUAUUUUUCUUAUUGUUUUUAAGC